UUUGUGGCGAUGCAAACGCAAUUGAGUUGAAUUAAACGACGAUUAACACGAUCAACGUCAAUCUUGUUGAAUAUCAACAAGAAACGUGAUAUUCAAGAUGAAAUCUUGUGUAGUUUUAUUGUGUUUAAUAUUGUGUACAGCUCCGUUCUUCAUGACUCAAGUACAAGCAAAUGUAAUAGCUUAUCCGGGCGACUGCAGCAAGUAUCAACAUUGCGAUGCAAGCGGUUGCUUUGUUCUGAGCUGUGGUACAGGAACAGAAUUUAAUCCAGCUAUACUCACUUGUGAUUAUCCUCUACGAGAUCGUCAAGGAUGUUCUAAUCGAGGAUGAGAACUUUGAUUUACAAUUUCACUCUAGAGAAAAGAGAUUGCGACGAAAAUGAAGAAUUAUUUUGCAACAUUCCAUUCCUGUGAUUAUUUAUCCCAACUUCUUUGAACAUAUGAAUUUUUGUUGUUAUAUUGCGCAAAUAAAAUUAUGAUAUUAGUUUAAAA